ACCGCAGCCAGUUGGAGGUGGACCAGAUGUCCAGAUAGGUUAUGUUCUUUUAUUUCUAUUCGAAACACGUUUCGUUCAACCCACGUUCACCGUUCAACUAUUAUAGGAUAUUAAUUUAUUAAUUAUUUUCAUUGAACUUAAUAAAUUAAACAAUUCAACUUUUCAAAUAAUAAAAAAGGAAUUAAUCAAAAUAAAUCAUCAAAUUAAACCGUCUGGCGGUAAACAAAAGGACCAAUGAAGAAAUGAGUUGAUUCUUCCAGUAAAGCAUAUUUUUAUAAGUUGCGACAACAAUCAAAAUUUAUUCAUCAACUCAAUAGUACCGAAGAUGGAAAAAAAAUUAGAAAUUAAAAAAAAAGAUGCCAGUUGUCCUCCGAAUGAAUUCGAGAAUACUCAUCCUCAUCGCUUAUUAAGUCUCAUGUAUCAAUUAGAAUUAUCCGCGUUAUCUUUACUCAGGACAUCCGUAUCUAAAAAUUCGAUACUCAUUAUUCACAAAAGUGUCUUGAUUACAAUUCCCUUUUCUCUUCAAUUGAGGGAAAAUUUAAUAUUAGAAAAUACCUGAACGAAUUUGCAGCCGAAUUACUCAAAAAAUCAGAUUCUAUUUCUUCAGCAUCAACACCGAAAUAUUUAAUUAUCUUCACGAAUGGGGAUUUAGAUAUCACAAAAAGUGGGAAAUUCAAACAAACGGAAAAUAUUUCUAAACAACCUAAAUUUAAUGAGGUAAAUCCAAAGACUGAUAAAAAUUUAAUUCAGUUCUUUAGAAGUAGGGGAAAAUUUUAUCGAUUCGAUGAUAGUAAGGAGACAAGAAAAAUUCUGGAGAAUUUGGUGGCGUUUAAUCGGCAGAUUAGAAGUAAAAUGAAGAAGAAAGGCUUUUCUCCGGAAGAAGUAAGAAGAGCUUUUUUUAAACGAUUAAUCUUCGCCGUGAAUCAAGGGACAAUAGAGGAAAUUGGCGAUACGGUUCGACGGGAGAUGAAGAAAAGUGAUAAUUCAAGAGACGAAGUUUUGGAUCAAUUGAUAAAAAACGGGGAAUAUGUAAAACUAAAAGAUUGCGAAUACCUAAGAUCAAUGGUGUAUAGUUUUAAUUUAUUCGUCUUCUACGCUCACACAAUGUUUCAAAAUAAAAAUAUCGACUCUAUUCGAUUCGAAGAGAGAAUUCAAUCUCCCACUAUCGUGAUUGAGGUUAAUAACAAAAUUCUACAAAUCAAUGCACUUGAAAUUGAUCUCAACAGAUUAUCACUUCAGGAAGUCAAAAAACGAGAUAUUUUUUCCAUUGAUGCUCAUUUUGAUUCCUUUCUCCACCAAGUGGAUAAAAAUACCGACUUUUAUGUUAUUUACACAAACGUCGAUAUUGCCUUCCUUCGAGAGUUGAUCACAGGAAAUAAUUUAGUUUCACAUGAUUCUACCGAUAGUCAAAAAUUUACCAAAAUAAAUAUCGCUGAUAAAAAAUAUUCAAUUCUCAGUCAUUUAAACUCUAAGAACUUGUACAAAUUUUCAUCAGGUGAAGAAAGAGGGAAAAAUGCGCAAUUUCUUCAAAAAAGUGAAGAUAUUGAGUUAAAGAAAAUAUUUUUGAAUAAACUUGUUUUUGCCACGAAUCAACAAAGUUGUAAAAAAUUGCGUAAAACUCUCGAUCAAGAUAUAAAAUAUAAGCUUCAUAAGCCGAAAGUGCCUUAUGAUUAUUGAAAAUUGUACAAAAUUGGAUUAUUUUAUCUACAGUCGCAUGAAAAUGAUAAAUUGACAAAGGAACUGAUGAUUAAAAUUUCUGAUGAUUUGGAAAAGAAACAGAGCAUAGGAACAGAAGGAAAAAAAUUGAAUACAGUAUUGAAGGACAUACAGAACAUGAAAAUGGAAAAAAGUGGAGAAUCAUCAAAAAAAGAAGAAGACAAAAAGAAAUCAACUUUAGAUAAAAAUAGAGAUACGAUAUUAAUGGAAGAAAGUGUUAUUAACAGUAAUGAUUUGCCAAAGGACAUUACAUUCCAAGUUUCUAAAUUACACCACAAGAAGGAGAUUAGCUUCGUUAAAUUUUUUCAUUUUCAUGAAAAAAGUUUAGAGUUUGCAGGACUUAUAUAUUUUUUAAUUAAUGAAGAAGGAAAAAAGUAUGUGGAAGUUUUUCAGAGAAACGGUAUUUCUUUGGAUAAUUUGGCACCAGUUUUCCAAGGAAUAACAUCUCCGAUUAAAAUCAUCAAAUCAUUUAAGGAACUGUACAACCUUUGGUUUAACGAAAGCGGUAAAAUGAAUGAAUGCUUAAAAAUUUUAUAUCGAGCAAAAGUGAAAUUAUCCGAAAUAUUACCCAUUCUUUAUGGCUCAGGAAUUAAUGCAGUGAAGGCUUUUGAAAAUUUACAUCAACUUUGGUUCGAUGCAACAGGCAAUAAAACUCACUAUUUGAUAAAUUUCGAAAAAAAUCAAAUAAAUCCAGGAAAGAUUAGUUCUGUUUUCAGAGAAUCGGGUUUCAAUGCUGCUGAAAAUAUUAAAGAAUUCCACGAUAUUUUCUUUGAUUCAAUCGGUGAGAAAACGGAAUGUUUCGAUAUUCUCGAAAAAGAGAAAGUUAAUUUACAAGAACUGUUUAAAGUUCUAAAAGCUACGGGUAAUGAAACAACAGAAAUUUUUCAAGAUUUAUAUAAACUUUGGUUUGAUUCGCAAGGAAAUAAAAGUGCAAUUCUCAUGAAUCUGGAAAAAAAUAAAAUUGAUUUGCCAUUAAUGUUGGAUCUUUUGACUAAAACUGGUAAAAAUGCACCAACGGUCUUCAGACGUAUUUACUAUUCUUCUAUUUUAUGAAAAGGGAAAUAAAUAAUAUUAUCUAAGAAAUCUGGAGAAGGAUGUAGAGAUACAAGCAUUAUUUGACAUUAUAAAAGAAAGUACCUAUUUUUAACCCCAAGUAUCAUUAUAUGGUCUUAUUUUGUUAUUCCGGUUUUUAAAAAACCAUAAUAUUUUUAUAUAUUUCUAUACGCGAUUAUUUAUGUUGAAUAUUUUUUUAAUAAAAUGAAAAAAAAUUACAAAAUGAACUACAAUGAAUAAAAGAUUUUAAUA